AUGGGUUCUGUGGAUGCUCAAUUUGCUGGCCAAGAAGAGAAGGAAAAAUUUGAGGAGAUUGUGGAACUUCUAGUUGCUGCUGGGUAUUUCCGUGCUCGCAUCAAGGGACUCUCUCCGUUUGAUAAAAUCAUUGGUGGCAUGACUUGGUGCAUCGAGACGUGCAGCUUCGACAUUGACAUCGACCUGUUCUAUAGCGAUACCCUCUCCCUUGGACAGAAGAUCACUCUGACAGAGAAGAUAGUAAGGGUUCUGCUGAAGAUGGAAUGCCCCCACAGGAUUGAGCCUCAUCAGAUUGAAGGCCUUGACACCAUCAGUAUCUUUCCUGUCAUACAAUGGCUGGUCAAGAGGGCCGUUGAACAGCGUCGGGAAAUGGAGGAUGAGAAUCGCAGCUUCUCUCUCCACCAGUUUGAGAAACAUGUUCAGCUUCCGAGUGAUUUGACCAAGAGAGAGAGAGAAGCAGCUCAUUUCGACAACCUGGCUCAAAUCAGAGUGCAAAAUCGACCGGUGAGAACUCAUAGGAGGAAGACUCCUUUUGGUCCAGAUGUAAAUGAAGCAGUUCGAGUCAUGUCCACUCUCAUGGAGUAUGGAUCUCGCUCGAUUAUGGCAUCAACAGGCGAGGCUGAAGGGGACAAGACAGUGGACAUGCCUUCUGAGGGCAUCAUGAGUUCUGAACUUGAAUAUGCAUCCUUUCAAAAAAUGAGCACAUCAACACUUGGGAAGAUCAUUUCCAUGAGUGCUGAUGCUAUGGUCCAGGCUGCUACUGAAUAUAUCCAGUUUCAGGAACAAGGGAAAGAUCAGAUAGGCUUACCACAGUUUAAGAGCAACCUAAGAAAGCAAGUAGAACUACUUCAGGUACGUUGCCAUGAGCUGGAGGAAGCCAAAAUAAAGGUGAAAGAAAAGUUGAAGGAACUAAAAGCUAAAUAUGAGGCUGCAACAAAUGAAGCUGAAGUGUUGAGUGAUGAGCUCAAGCAACUCAAGUCUCAAUUAGAUACAGCAAAUGAUGGAGACAUCCAUUCCCUGAAAAGAAUGGUCCAGCGACAUGAAGAACUCCAAAAGGAAGAAAAAGAGUUUCGCAUAUCUUGUAAGGAGGAACUGGAGGCCCUACAGAAAGAGAUCAGAGAGCUGGAGACAUUUGAAGUGCCUGUAGAGGAAGGGACAGAAAUUGAGGAAGCUCUAAAUGCUCAAAAGGAAAAAGUGAAGAAGCUGAGGCUGGAAGUGGCUGAAAAGAGUCAUGUAGUGGCUUCGCUUCAACGCCAACUAGAUGAUGUCCCUCUCCAAGCAGAACUCCUUCAGUACCAGAAGAGAUUCUUGGAAUUGUAUCAUAUUGGGGCAGCAAAACAUAAAGAAACCAAACAUUUCUAUACUCUUCACAAUUCUUUGUGUGAUACAAAGCUAUAUCUGGAGAAGGAGGUGAAGCUGAUAGAUUCUGUGAUUGACAACUUCAAUGAAGCUAUGUCAACCCCUGAAGCAAAGCAAGAGUUCCUGGCUCAGUUUGAGUCCAUUGUGUCUGGAAUCAAGGGAAACAAGAUGAAAGUGGAUGAGAAGAAGGUUAAUCUUGUUAAAAAGAAGGAGAGCCUUCAGGCUGCCAUCCAGAAGAUCACUGAAAUCCAGCGCUUGUAUUUCAAGACUGUCAAGGAUUUCCAGACAGAGUGCCACAGAAAUGAAACACUUUCUGCUCAUUUAUCCAAAGCUUAA